CUUCCGAGUAAACAUGCAAUUCAUAACAGCAGUUUUCUUCCUGGCGGUUGCCGCUGCAGGCAAUGGUUUCAAUUUGUGUCCUAAAAUACAAGAAAUCGAUUGGAAUAUUGAAUUAUUAUUACCUCAUUGGAAAUGCAACAAAUUUAUUCAAUGCACACACGGGGAGCCUGUCGAGAUGUCAUGCCCAGAUGGACUUUAUUUCAACGUUAUUGAGGGAAUUUGCGAUUGGAGGGGGAACGUCGAUUGUGGAUUUAGGAUUGUACCUAAUGAGACGAAACCUGAGGAGGUGAUACCAAUACAAAGUACUAUCAAAGAUGAAGAAAUUACAGAAGAUAUCAAAGAAACUGAAGCUGAUACAAGUGGGGAAGAAAGCAUCUCAGAGGAAAUCCAGACUGAAACGCCUGAUCUUCCAGUUAUUGAGUUUCUACCGAAUGGAUGUCCGGUUGAUCCUGAGGUCCAUUGGUUGCUGCCUCAUGAGACUUUCUGUAAUUUGUUUUACUAUUGCGUCCAAGGUGAAAGAGAGGUCAAAAGUUGUCCUUUUUGGUUGCAUUUUAACCGGGAAUUGCAGAUAUGCGAUUUGCCAAGAAAUGUAGAGUGCAUGGAAUUAAGAGAUUAA